AAGUUAUAAAUAUAAAUGUUGUAUAUUUAAUUUUUAAAUCCGUGUCUUAGACGGGUACAUUAGUGACUUCAAGAAAAUCUAUAAUCACAUAUGACGUUAAUGUUUUGAAGCACAAUUAUUACAUUACUAUUGAUAUAUUUUAGAUCGUUGUUAAAUCUAUUUGCUACUUUUAAAACUCACAACAACGAGUUAAUGUUUGGGUGGUGUGUGUGGUGUAUGUGUGUUAUUAUGUAAAAAUAAGCUGCAAUGUUUGAUAAAUAACUUAAAAUUCAUUUAAUUAACAGACAAAAAGUAUAACAUAAGUUAUAUCAAACAUUUUCUGUAUGAAUCAAUAGAAAUAAAUAAUAUAGUGGCUAGUUUGUUUUAACAUUUCCCCACCUAAAACCGUAGUUUUCUGACGUCGUUAUUAGUCUGUUUAAUUUAUUAAAAAUAAAACUUGUAAUAAAACCCGCCACUUGUUAAACAAUUGAUUCUUCCUUUUUUUUACUAGAGAAAAUAGUAUAAAUUUCAGGUUAUACGUAGUCUUAUUAUUUUUUUAAGCGUUCUUUUUCAGCUUUAACCAAACAGCGAGAUGGAGCGGUGUGUUCAAAAUAAAUUGGGCUAAAAUUACUUUUGAGUUUUGUCAGUAUAGAACAGAACUCUUUGAAGGUCUAUACCAUAAAAUUGUUAAAUGGGAAAGAGAGAUAGAUAGAGAGAAAAAAGAAAAAAAGUAAAUAUCACGCGAAGGUAAAAUUUUCCUCAUGGUUGCAUGAUAAAAUGAAGAAAAUGGUGUGAAAUGACCGCUGGCAGACGUUAAACUCCCGCAAGUUGCUACUCCCUUCCACGGGCCGUUCCAUUUUCCCCCCAGGCUCCAAUAAAAGGCACUCCGACCCUACAAGAUCACUCCAUUCAGUAACGAUGAUCAUUGCAAAAAAGAUGAUCUUGAAGUCUAUCAACGUCCUUUGUUUAGUGGUGAGUUUUGCAACAGCGGCUUCAUUCCAGGACCCGGACGUAGACGUCGACUCGUACAAUUCCGUCAACUUAACGACGGACGAUGCCCUCAAAGAAAUUAUGGGCAAAGAAUGCCGAGGUGGUUAUUCACCUUUUUGCCUUAAACUCGGUCUAAUGAGACUUAUGGGCAGAGGGGGUGGAUUUACUAUCCCAAUUGUACCGGGUGUCAGACUGACUUCUCCAGAACUCCCUCAGGGACCUUUGACUUCGCCCUCUAAGCUGGCCAAGGAGCCAGAACUUCUAGAUUCACUCCUGCUCAAGCGUCUUACCGACUACCUAGGUUCUCUGUCCAUCAGCGUUAAUAUCCUGGACAAAUCAAUGCCACUGUAUUUUGCAAAGGCAUAUUUUGGCAACAACCCUAUUACAGGAAGGAAGAGGGACAAAAAUGGAGGUGCUUUGGCUGCUGCUGGUCUUAUGUCUGUAGGCACCAUGCUAGCUGUUGGUAUGGCGGCUCUUGCAGCAAUGGCCGGCAAAGCGCUUAUGGCAUCAUUGCUGGCGCUCAUGCUUGCAGCAGUUGCAUCUCUAAGCAAAGGAGGCGGUGAGGAGGGCAAAACAACUUAUGAAAUUGUCGCAAAACCGAUCGUAAGCCACCAGCAUUCUCACUCGAGCGAAGUCAUCCACGGUGGUCACCACCACAGAAGAAGCGUUGAUGAACCAGAAAGUUUGGUUUAUGCCAAGCAAAUCCCUUAUAACAAAAUGUCAUAAUGCGUUUAUCAUGAAUAGCCUGUUACUAGCAGAUAGUAGGUGAUAUUAAACCAAAAUGAAAGGACUGUAUUAUAAUGUAAAAAUGUUUAGCAUUGUG